CUGACCAGGAAUGCCUCAUUUCCUGCUGGGCAUGAGCUUGGUAAAAAACAAGACGUGGUUUUAACCUCCCUCCGCCAAGGGGGUUGGAAGCACAAGAAAACUGCUGGGAGAAACACGCCAGGCUGGCUUCUUGCCUGCAUCCCCGGGAGGCAGCGUGGGCAGGCGGGGAGGCAGCACCUCUGAGCAGCAGCUGGCCCUGGGGAUCGGCAGGCGCUCCGGCAUCGCGGUGGCAGAGGCAGCAGGAUGACGCUGUGGAAUGGCUCCUUCCCCUUCUACCCUGGCACCAAUGCUUGCUUCCCCUUCAACACCACCUCGGCCGUCAUCGCCUCCGUCUUCCUCUCUGCGCUGGCCACUUCCAUCAUCAUCCUUCCGGGCAUCCGAGGAAAGGGGCGACUUUUCUGGCUCCUGCGGGUGAUGAUGGGACUCUUCAUCGGAGCGGUGGUCCUCACCAUACAGUUCACCAGGGACUGGGAGAGCGGCUCGGUGACAGCAAACACCUCCUACAAGUCCUUCAGCAGUGCCAUGGUGAAGGCGGACAUCGGGCUGCACAUCGGCCUGGCGGGGGUGAACGUCACACUGGUGGGAAACCCGGUGAAUCAGGUCAAUGAGACCAUCAACUACAACGAGCACUUUGCCUGGAGCUUUGAUGCAGACUACGACCACAGCUACAGCGAGGGCCUGGAGAAGGGGCUGCCCAGCCCCAUCCUCUACGUGGCGGAGAAGUUCACCACAGAAAGCCCCUGCAACAUGCACAGGCAGUACCAAAUCUCCGGCCACUAUGCGUCCAUCACGCUGUGGAUGGCCUUAUGCACCUGGCUCAUUUCCAUCCUGCUCUUCUCCAUGCCCAUCCUCCUUUAUGGUGGCUACAUGCUCCUGCUCACUGCCGCACUGAUGCUCUUCUCACUGCUCUUCUUUGUCACUGCGAGGAACACCCUGAAGUGUCCCAUCCAGUUCGGACCAGCCUCCCUGAAAACAGACUACGGUGGAUCCUUUUGGCUGACAUUAGCAACAGGGCUGCUGUGCCUGCUGCUGGGGCUGGGUGUGAUCGUCCUCAACUCCGUGCGGCCACAGAAGCUGAAGCUUGUCUUUAACCUGGAUGAGGGAAAGGGAGAAAAAGUGGAGGGGUGGGACAAGCCCCACCUGCCAGACGAGUCCAGCUCCUCUGAGCAGGAUGUGCUGAUGGUCCCCCUAAAUGAGCUUUGCGAGGUGACGACCACCCAGCUGUAAGGCACAGUUGGGGGGGGGGGGCAGGAGAAGGAGGACAAAGACGGAGGACACCGUCCCCCCCGAAUACAUGUUCAGGUCCAAACCCUCAGGAGCCCAGGUGAAAAGAGACACAUCAAGAGCUGACUGAAAAGAAUAUCAAAAUCUGGAAAGAUUCCUCAAAAACAGCAGUUGUACAUCCUUCCCUUGCCCCCUUCCCUCCCCCCCCCCCCCCCCCAUUUAAUUUUUGUCAAUUGUCGAACUCACCAGCAGCUGGAAGCGCUCUUAGGGUGAGGUGAAUCCUUGUCCUGUCCCUGGCUGUCCAGUUACAGACACUGGGCUACUGCCCUUCCCUUUAGCCCAUCCAUCCGCAACAACACCUGGGAGCGCUCCCUAAGAUAUGGAAAUUAAACCAGAAGAAACUAGAGAUAAACCAAAUAAUUGCAGAAGCAUGAAUAUGAACGAAAGGAGAAGCAGCAUGCCCCCGAUAGCAUUAUUACCCCAAAGGACUCCAAGAGGCCCACUCUGCCCAUCGUCAGGCAGUAAGACAGAGCAGAGCUGUGGUCACCAGGGUGCCCUGUAUCCAGCACCUCCUCGUGGUCUGGAGUGAAGGAUGGGUUGUCAAGGAGGCCAUGUUGGAUGUCCCAAACCCUGAUGGCGUCCUGAAUGCUGGAGGCACCAGUUUCUGGAGGCAUCCUGGAUUUCAGACACAUCCAAGCACCCCACUGCUGAGGCUCAUGGGCUCAUGGUCAGAGACCUGCUGGGCUGCACACUGGGCUGGAAGCAGAGCAGUCAGAGUUGGUUGGUAGGCUCCUGUUUCUUACACUGCUUAUAAACACCCCAUACCAUGAGCCUGUGAGCAGCCUAGGAGGCUGGAUCACAAAGGAGCAUCAAACCACCUGCCCUGCCCUACAAAGAGCCAGGAGGGGGCCCAGGGCCAUCUCCUCACCCUGCUCCCCUUCCUGGCUCUGUACAAAGCUCUGGAUGCAGUUUCACUCACAUUCAGUGUCAAAGGCUGGAACAU